AUGCCCAAACGAAAGUACACAUUUAAUGAAAAGUUACAAAGUGAAUACACAUUCUUAAAAAAAUGUCAAAAACCAGGACAAGAAUAUAAAAUUGAAUGUAUUGUGUGUGGAGCAGCAUUCAGCAUUGAACAUGGUGGUAAGUCNACAUAAUAUAGCUGCUAGAGCGUCUAAAUCUCAAAAAUUGUCAAAUUUUUUUCUCCAAAAACACAAUUUACUGAUAAAGAACAAAAAUUAGCUGCAGAUGAAGGAAUCUUUGCUUAUCAUACUUGUAAACACAGUCAAAGUCUCAAUUCUAUGGAUUGUACUUCUCAGUUAGUUCGUAAAUUAUAUGAGAAAAAAUUUACUUGUGGUAGAACUAAAACAAAAUCUAUCAUCACUAAUGUAUUUUUACCCUAUACUGUUAAUGUUUUAAAAAAAGAUUUACUCAAGUGCAAUUUUGUAUCAAUUAUGACUGAUGCAUCUAAUCAUAAUUCUCAAAAAAUGAUACCCAUUCUUGUUCGCUAUUUUCUACCUGACGAAGGAGUUAAAAAUAAUAUUUUGGAAUUCAAUGAGCUUUCGGUAGAAACUGCAUCACUAUUAACGUAA